UGACGUCAUUUUAGAGCGACCCACAUAUAUGUGUUAGCAAAAUGGCGUCUUACUGUUUGACUGUCACUAGGCUGCGGGUGGCCCUUGGAACCGGUGUGAGGAGAUUUCAUGUCUCAGCAGCCUUCAACGCCAAAGCCAAGGUGGCCAUAAGCCGCUUUGAACCCGGCUCCAGCAUUAACUAUGAAAAGAUGCACGAAAACAUCAAUAUUGUUCGCACAAGGCUCAAUAGGCCUCUCACUCUGUCAGAGAAGAUUGUGUACAGUCACCUGGAUGAUCCUGCACGGCAGGAGAUUGAUCGUGGCCGCACGUAUCUUCGCCUGCAUCCAGACCGUGUGGCUAUGCAGGAUGCCACGGCUCAGAUGGCGAUGCUCCAGUUUAUCAGCAGUGGUCUGGCCAAGGUGGCUGUUCCCUCCACCAUCCACUGUGAUCACCUGAUUGAGGCUCAGAUUGGGGGGGUUGAGGACCUGAAGAGGGCUAAGGAGGUGAACCACGAGGUUUAUAACUUCCUCGCAACAGCUGCAGCCAAAUAUGGAGUUGGCUUCUGGAAACCAGGCUCAGGCAUCAUCCAUCAGAUUAUCCUGGAGAAUUAUGCCUAUCCUGGAGCGAUGCUGAUUGGCACAGACUCUCACACUCCCAAUGGUGGUGGUCUGGGUGCCAUCUGUAUUGGAGUGGGUGGAGCUGAUGCCGUGGAUGUCAUGGCCGGAAUCCCAUGGGAGCUCAAGUGUCCCAAAGUGAUUGGAGUGAGGCUGACAGGCACCCUGUCUGGCUGGACCUCUCCAAAGGACGUUAUUCUAAAGGUGGCUGGCAUCCUGACUGUGAAGGGUGGCACUGGGGCCAUUGUAGAGUAUCAUGGGCCUGGCGUUGACUCCAUCUCCUGCACUGGAAUGGCCACCAUCUGUAACAUGGGUGCUGAGAUUGGAGCCACCACAUCUGUUUUCCCAUACAACCACCGUAUGAAGACGUACUUGGAGAAAACCGGGCGUGGAGAGAUUGCCUCUGUAGCUGAUCAGUUCAAAGAUGACUUGGUCCCAGAUAAGGGCUGUGAAUAUGACCAGGUCGUUGAGAUUAAUCUGAGUAAGUUGAAGCCUCACAUCAACGGACCAUUCACUCCUGACCUGGCCCACCCUGUGUCUGAGAUCGGAGCUGCAGCUCAGAGAAACGGCUGGCCACUGGAGGUUAAAGUUGGUCUGAUCGGCAGCUGCACCAAUUCAAGCUAUGAGGACAUGGGCAGAGCGGCGUCCUUAGCCAAGCAGGCUCUGGAUAAAGGUCUGAAGUGUAAGGCCCAGUUCACGGUGACCCCUGGUUCUGAACAGAUCCGUGCCACUAUUGAGAGGGACGGAUAUGCCAAGAUCCUGAAUGAUGUCGGUGGAAUUGUUCUUGCCAAUGCUUGUGGACCAUGCAUUGGACAGUGGGACAGGAAGGAUGUGAAAAUGGGAGAGAAGAAUACUAUUGUGACAUCCUUCAACCGGAACUUCACUGCCAGGAAUGAUGCUAAUCCUGCUACUCAUGCUUUUGUCACCUCUCCUGAGAUUGUCACUGCCUUGGCUCUUGCUGGGACCCUCAACUUCAACCCCGAGACUGACUACCUAACUGCUCCUAAUGGAGAGAAGUUCAAGCUGGAACCACCCACUGGUGACGAGCUCCCCUCCAGAGACUUCGACCCGGGCCAGGACACGUACCAGCACCCUCCAGCUGAGAGCAGCUCAGUCAAGGUGGACGUGAACCCCAUGAGCAACCGUCUACAGCUUCUGGAGCCCUUUGAUAAGUGGCAUGGAAAAGACCUAGAGGACAUGAGGGUCCUCAUCAAGGUGAAGGGAAAGUGCACCACUGACCACAUUAGUGCUGCGGGCCCCUGGCUAAAAUUUCGUGGUCAUCUGGACAACAUCUCUAACAAUCUGCUGAUUGGUGCCGUCAACAUUGAGAACGAUGCCAUCAACAAGAUCAGGAAUCAGCUGACAGGGGAGUACGGAGGUGUGCCAGAUGUGGCCCGCCAUUACAAGGCUAAUGGAGUAAACUGGGUGGUGGUUGGAGAUGAGAACUAUGGAGAAGGUUCCAGCAGAGAGCAUGCUGCUCUGGAGCCACGGCACCUGGGAGGACGUGCUAUUAUCGUCAAGAGCUUUGCCAGAAUCCAUGAGACUAAUCUGAAGAAACAAGGCCUGCUUCCACUGACUUUUGCCGACCCCGACGACUAUGAGAAAAUUCUCCCCAAUGACAAGAUUUCAAUCACUUGCCUGAAAUCGUUUGCCCCUGGCAAGCCACUGACAGCAGUGAUCAAGCACGCCGACGGCAGCCAGGAGUCCAUCUCUCUAAACCACACCUUCAAUGAGACACAGAUUGAGUGGUUCAAAGCUGGCUCGGCCCUCAACAGGAUGAAGGAGCUGCAGUAGGUGGCGGCAAGGACGAAGGCGGGGCCUGUGUGGGCCAACGAUGUUGGCAAAGAAGGGUAAUAAUGCGCGCCUAGAAGAGAGGCUUCGCAAAGAGCAAGAGACAGUUUAAAUGAUAGACGGUAACAGGCUUGAUUAGGGGACAGCUGCAGUCAUGCUCAGGCUACAUCCAUACUACGGUUUCCAUUUAAAAAUGGCUCUUUUUUAGGUGUUUUAUCUCUGUUUCAGAAGUAAUCUGCACCUAUUAUACUAUCUAUCUACUGCUUUAUCUUGCACAAGAGGGUCACGGGGGUGCUUCAGAGUGUCCAAUUAACCUCUGCAUGUUUUUGGACUAUGGGAGGACACCAGAGAACACACACACACACGAAGAGAACAUGCAAACACUGCUACAGCGCUAACCACUACUCUGAUGUGUGACCCCUGUACCUACUCAUACGCCAAAAAACAUACAAGUGUUAACGGCACGAUGAUUCCCUAAUCUGUUGUUUGCUUAAUAAUGACAAACAUCAAUGGUGAUAGAACAAGGAUUUCUAUUAUGAAACCAGAGGUGAGAAAAAAAACAAUCAGGGAAGUGAAUGUGGGUAACUGCAUCAUUGUUCCGUUUUUUGCCCGUCUAUAUUCAAAUGUAGUCCUGAAGUUUUCAAACAAAAACUGAGUCAGCAGUGCUUUUAAACUUCUACAUUUUUGGGGCUAUAAAUCCCCAAGGUAGUGAGGACGACUGGUGUAUCCGGAGCAAAAUGUAUGUGUUUUUAAACAAAACCAGAGUAGUAUGGAUGUAGCAUUAGUUAAAGCAAGAACUCCGCACACACACACACACACGCACACACACCACACACACACACACACCACCACACACACACACACACACACACACAUACAUAAUGUCGCUGUAAAGAUGAAAAGCGCACACACAGAAACAUACACAUGAACUCAUACAUGCACAGACAGAGAUACUGUGAAAGAAAACCCAGUUGAUGGGUGGACUUACAGGAAAGCAGGUUAGCAGUGUGUGUCUCUAGAUAUAUCGUUCAUACAAGCAGCACUUUUUCAAAGUUAAUUUAACAUUUCAUACACUGUUCCAUUCUCAGAUGCCAAUCAUUCUGUUUGGUUUCUUGUUGCCCUCUUCAGAAACUAUGGUGUUGGAAGUGCAAACAUAAAAGUGGUGUACAAACUUAAUUCAUACAGAUCACUAACCUAAAAAGAAGGCUAAACAGUAAGUUUCACACUUCAGCCUUCAUCAAACCUCCUCCUCCUCAUCAAAUAUUAUUCCAGCAUUUCAGUAAACUGCCUGAGAUGUUGAAUUUACAUGAAUACACUUGUGGUAUUAUCUACAGAGCUGUAAUCUUAAGUAAAUCCUACUCCCACAUGGUGAUGAGCUCUGCUUUGUGAUACAGUUAUUGAUGUGUCUCAGUGUCUCAGUCCCUGUUUAGUGCAGCUACACUGUUAAAAAAGCAAUUACCUGCCUCUGCUACUGUUACCCCCAUCUAGCUGUCACUAGGUUUUGGAUCUGGAUUAUUCCCACUACCUUUAUUGCACUUGUCUUUGACACGCAUUCACUCAUGCACUACCUGAGGUUAGGUUAAAUAAGCUAUGGUUAGGUUUGUGUUCUUAGAUGGUAAAGCCGUACAGGCAAUCAUUUAAAUUCUGGUGUAUUAGCAACAAGAAAGAAACCACACUUGCAUCGAUUCCAGUGAAACAUCUCCUCUCUGGUGUUGUAGAUCUUCAGUCUUGUCAUUUCACUGACAUUCCCGGUUCAGUUGGUCAUGCAGCUCAUGCGUUAUGUGGAUGGAUAUGUUGUUGCGGUUUCCUAGUGUUAAAGUCCCAGUUUAUCAGUUCAUCCUCACAUCUGGAGCUACCAGUGUGUGAAAUUGCUGUGUGGAGCUGCAACAGGAGAUGUUUGUCUUGGAACUGAAUGUAUUUUUCGGUUAAAGUUUGGUCCUGAAAGCAUUCUCCUUACAAAACUAACAUGUGUGUGAUUGACUGUACACUAGCACGUUGUCGUUUGUGGAUUAGUUUUUACAUGUGCUUUCUAUGUUGUUUCUUUCCAUAGUUUUCUCUUGUGUGUUACUAUGGGGGACUGACAUACAACUUGCAUAUUCAAUAGUGAUCAAUAUACAUAUAAACCAUAUUCUUGGCAUCGUAUUUACCUACUGUAGUGUGCACCACUAAAAAAAAGUGUCAUUAAUUAUAUAUUUUGUGGGCUUAGAAAUAUCUGAGGUCAUUGCUGCUAUGAUUAAUGUGAGAGUAUUCUUGGUCCUGUGUGUCACUGUGGUACUAAAAACUCACCUAGUUUGUAAAUAAUAAAUAAUUUCCAACGUACUACUAUUGCUACUGAAGUGUCCCCUUAGUGGUUUGUAAUGAACCAAAUCUCCAUUUAUGUAAUGGUUUCACAGACAUGUUAAAAUGGGGAUUGUUGGUUUAAUGAGAGCACAAAUAUUGGAUUGUUUGGCCUCGACAUUGAAAAGAGACAUGCUAAUUUCUUUUAUUAAAGGUGAAAAGGCAGCAAGCCAAUUUAUAUGACUUUAUGACUUGAAUGACAUACUGUUAUUAAACUCAGCCAUUUGAGAAUCAUCACAAACCUGUUUAAUGCCCUUAUCAUUAUGCCCAUCUUGUGUCACAUGUACAGCCAAAGAGACCUUCUAAAAAUGUUCAGCAAUAAUGGUUAGCCGGUGUUUGUGUUUGAAUAGUCAUCCAAAAAAAAUAAUAAUUCUAUAAUGGUCAUGUACAAAAUGCACCUGGAUCAUGAAAACAUGCUGAUUAAUUUCAUGUCCAUUCUUCCUCUGCAAUGAAAUUUAACAGCUGUGCCUGCUUGUGAGAAUUAGGACAGUUUGCUUACUCUGUUGUAAGAUGCUACUUGCUCACUGGUUCAGUAACCACGUUUUUGUAAUAGGACAAAUCAAAUGAUGCUGUUAAUGGUGUGUCAUUUUAUUCUCAGGUGAUUUGGUCAAUCUUCCUCUCAUCGUUGUUUUAAAAACAAACAACAAAUUCUUUAACAUGUUUGCAUUUGACACAACAAAUACAAAUGUACUAAGAACUGAUUUUUACUGUAAUGAUUCCCCUCACAAUCCUGUUUUGGCAUUAAUUUUGUAAAAUUAGAUGGGUGAAUAACAUGUCUUCAGAUUUGUAGCUUGGAAGAUAAAUGUCAAACAUAUAUUGACAUUUACUUUGCACAUUGUAAAUUAAUACAGAAUCAAUUGUAAAGUGGUG